CUUCUUUAGGCUGAGUCCGUGUCCUUCCUUCCUCCACUCCAACAACCCCCCACCCAUCCAGCAGCCAUCCCCCAUCCACCAUUACAUACACAGCAGAGCCAACCAACACCACCACCACGCCAGCCAAGCCAAGCCAGAUUAGAAGGGAUGAAUCGCCGGCAGCAUCCAACCGAGCCCCAGCCGGCCAACCCAUCCCGAAUAUCCCAGCAUCGGAACCGACAACUCAAGGCAUCCUCACCCAUGAGCAGCCAUCAAGCAUACCAGCCAACCCAACCAGAGCAGCGACUACCCCGAGCUUCGACUAGCACCAGAAGAUUCAUCCCAGCCAACACCAGCAACACCCUCUCAGCCCCAGCCGAUCAACCCGCACCGAAACCUUCCAAGAGGAGCAUCACACUCACCUCCCCAGGCUGGGAUCCGAUCGGCGAUGACGACGCACUCUACAUCCAGAGCGACGACACCCAUCGACGCGACCUGGCUGGAGCUGGCAGCACUCAGAGAUCUACGACCACCAGCAAUCGCCAGCCUCGUCUCGAUCAGACCUUACUCCAAGCACGAAAACGUAAACGAACCUCAUCCCAACAGCCAAGCUUCGACAGAAACCAACAGCCUGCCUCAAGACCUUCUUCAUCUUCGCAAUCAUCCAGACCACCUCUCAAACAUGACGCCGAAGGCUGCUCGAACUGUCGGACCAAACAAAGUACUUGCUGGUACAAGAAAAGCAAACCCAUCAUCCUUUCUGAUGGGAGUGAAGCCUGGGGAGAAGAAAAACUUUGUAAUCCAUGCAGUAUUCAUUGGAAUAAGAACGGUUACCAUCGUAGCGUACGACCCAGGGCACCCAAACAAACCAAUCAGCCCCGUCCAGCUAUCAUACCCACUCGCUCCUCCUCCUCCCGCGCGCGACGCCCAUGUCCUUCCGACUUACCCGCCGGUCUCUCCAGUCCUACGGCAUCGAUCACCAAGGUACAAUCAACUCUCAAUCGUCCGAUACGUCGUUCGCGUUCACCCUCCCAGUUAACGUUGGCUGCCGAGCGGGAAGCCCGGAUCGUCAAGAGGAGCGUGGCCAAGGCUAAUGCCAAGAGUGAUGCACUCAGACAGAGGAAGGGGAUCACCAAGUUCGGCUACAUCUCUGAAGAGGAAGAUGAACUAUAUGAGAACCCCCAACUCUCUCCACCUCUUCCCCCACCACGUCCAACUAAACACAGCUCUCGAAAGACUUCACGUAGUAGCAUCAGCCAAAAAAUCGAUUCCAACACCAGACUGGCUUCUACACGUGACACCUUACGCUCGAGUCUCUGUCCCGGCGACGCGUCUUCAAGCCACCAUCCAAAGCAGAAUCCUACUAAGAUCAACUACCCUGAAGAAGAACCAUUGUUAGGCUCCUAUUCAAAUCAUCACCUCUCUAGUGAUCCUCAUCCCGAACCUCUCCAGGAAGACAUCUAUAUCUCACCUCCCAGGACACCCCCACCUAACAGUCAUCUCAACCCCACCAAAAAGCUCUCUCCCAUGCGGAAUUCACCUGGCCAACUCUUUGACUUUGGCAACGUGCUCUCACCAUCCUUCCUCAACGGCAGUCCUAACUCAUUACUGCGGAGACUCAACUCUCAGAAUCAUCUCAUCGAUACCUCCACCGACGCCUCCAACCUCUCAGGCUCCUAUCUAUCCAACUUCCCAUCAGCUGCGAUGCCUGAUAAGGUCUUCUCACCUAGUCGCUUCUUGGGCUCAUCAAAUAAGAAUAAACCUCUUCCGCCUGUUGCCGAACCUAGCAAAAAAAUCGAGAAAUCAUCGUCUAAUCCGUUGUUGGCCGGAUCAGUGGGCUUAUUGGAUGCCCAUCUUAACUCGGGAUCUUCUUCUGGAAAAAGCCAGAACAACAAACACUUCAUCUUUUCUCCCUCCCGCCCCGCUCUACCCAAGUUAAAAGAAAACCAAUCGAUCCACUCCCGGAAAUCCAAAUCUAUCAAGGCUUCUUCCUCUCAUGAGACCCUCAAUCCGAUGGUUCCUGGGCCAUCUAAAUCGAGAAGACUGAAGAAAACGUCGAUCGAGUCUUCUGGUUAUCGAGAACCUUUACCUGCUCAUCUUCUGCCGGUGUCACGGACCACCUCUGAUUCUUCGCUUCUCGCACCCCCAUGUCCGACACCCAAGACAUCGACCUCCGGUCCAUCACGGAAAAAAGCAGAUCAUCAUUCUAGUCAACAGCAGUCCUCGAAACCGAUCAAGCAAACGAUGGCCCGGACGAUAUGGUGUCGAAGGUUAGAGACAACAGCUACAACGACGACGAACACCAAUGGAAUAUCUUCGGAAGAUUCGCAGAUAGAGGAGCUCUUUGGGCAGAGGAUGCGGGGCCCAUCGCCGCUCGAAUCGCGUCCAUCCUCCGAAGGCCUAGAUUUCCGGAGUCGCAACCAAGCGCGUGUCGGGCUCGUAGGAGGGGCAGAAGAGAGCGGCUUGAGUUCGGCGAUGUUUCGUGGCCUCCCAGCAGAUCUACGGACGUCGACGGCUGUUGAGCGCGGGAUGGGAAUCGGAUAUUCGGAUGGCCAGUUGAUGGCCGCUAGUAGUCCUCCCGUAUUGCCCCCACCGAGCGAUUGUUCCGAAGGCAUCACCCCCCUCUCGGCCGAGCCGGCUAGUGAUGAGCCCGACCAUCAUCAUCAGCAGCAGCAGCAGCUUCAUCAUCAACUUCAGUCGGACUUCGGCAAGACUGGUAGACUCAACAGGACGGCCGCCGAGCUCCGGCUGGGCUCCGGACCUGUCCUCGAGGAACAGGAUGAUCUUGCUGGCCGCUCAACGAUCGAGUUCGAUUUGAUGGCCGGAGAGCCGACGGCGGGUGCUUUGGCCGAUAUCACCGACGCCUUGAACCGUCAUCUGAGACCGCCUCCUCCUCCUCCUCAGAAUCAUCAUCAUCUUGACUCGUCUUCUGCCCAGGAUCCCUCCUCCACUCACACUAAACUCGACUCCCUGUCGCCCGAGAUUAUCGCCGCGCUGAGUCAGGCUAUCAAUGCUGGACUCUCGGCGUCCGAAAUCGCUCAGGCUCUCAGAACGCUCGAUGAUCCUCCGCCCCCGCCUGGUCCUUCUACAAUCCCUUCUUCGUCUGCUGCUGCUGUUCCUAAUCAUUUCUCUUAUCAUCCUCUCCAUCCUCCUCAGCAUCAUCAGCCGACGAUGAUGACAACACCAACAACAAUGAUGGGGUCGAGCUCUCUUCUCAAUCCGAACUUGAUCGAUCCGUCCUUGGAUGAUCAUCCUUUCGCCUCCUUUCUCGAUACCCAUUCUCUUCUUAAUAACAACGACAAUGCCUUCAUUACCAAUAAUAAUACCAAUACCCUUCAUCACACCGUUGCCAACAUUGAAAAUCCUACCGAGUCCGACGGCUUCACAAGACUCCAACAGGCUCAUCCUCUCAUCCCCUCUUCGACAACGACAACGACGACGACGACUGCUACUACUAAUGAAGAGCAUGAAGACUUGUUCUCGUCCUUCUUGGUCGAUAAUCAUGACUUCUUUAGCGGCGGGCAUACCAACGCGACUCCCAACCCUCCUCUCCUUGGGGACCAUCUUCUUCGUGAUAGACCUCUGGAUAGUCAGCAGGACUUCGUCCUCUCUUUGCACGAUAUCGACGGACUGCUUCCAGGCCCCUAGCUCCAAUAAUACUCUCCACCCUGCUCCCGUCGCUAAUCUUCCGAUUGGUCAUAAUCCCACUCUCCUCAAUCGCAAUCAGUAGGACCUCUUUCUUCCCCUCCCUCCCUACCCCCCUCUCUCGCCUCAUCUUGUUACUCUCGUCUUUCACUAGUUUUUUUUUUUUUAUAAAUAUUCUUUUUUUUUGCAGUGUUGUUGUUGAUCAUCAAUGGACAUACUCAUUCCUCUUUUUUUUUCUUUGCCUUCUUCUUUCUUUUCUUCUCUUUUCUUGUCUUUUUUCUUUUCUUUUCUUCCUUUUUUGUUAAAACAAAGGGUAAAGAUGGAGUUUCUUCUUGUGUGUAGUGAACUUUGUUAUGUUUAUCAUUAUUCAUUCCUGUUUAAUAUAUAUAUAUAUAUAUGUAGUUG